UAGAAAGAGUCAAUGAUUCUGUUUGCUGACAUAUUUCUUUAGUUGGCUGCAAGAGCUCCCAAAGGGCAAAGGACCAAGACGGAGUAACAUGCUGAUGUCCCUUAAGAGAAGGGGUAUUACGCAGGAAGCAUCAAGAAUAGAUGCUCAUCAUACCGCCCACCAAAUCCUGUCGUUGUUUUUAUUUGCAGUUGGUCUUGUUUCCCAUCGGCUAGAGCAGUAUUUACCUCCCCUCGGAAAUUGCUACGAAUCACCCCAUGCAGGAAUAGCGCACGAAACAAGUGUGCAGGAGGCACAAAAUCCAGGGAUCUCUCAGCAGUCUCCCACACCUCCUAACCCAACCUGUCAACCAUCUGAUUCCAUGCCUUUAAACUUCACCGAGUUCAAUCAAUCGUCUUCCGGAGAUAAUAUAGAGGCCCAAGCUGCCAGUUUAAACAGAACGGAUGCAGGUGGCGAAAUAUCGACAAACGCAAAUAACGGUAUAUCACACAAUACACAGAAUCCUUUCGAUAUGAUGACAAGCGCUUGUCGCAUGAACGACUACUCAAACCCUUAUGACAUGAUGGAAAGCACAAGCAUGUUCUCAAACCCAGAUGUAUAUAUGUCAAGCACUGCCCUCCUCUCGGCAAUCUUCGGUCCCAAUCCUUAUGGUACAAUGACGAGUACAAGUAAGCUGGGAACCGCUCAAAUCUCGGAUCCAGAAAGAAGUACUAUUCAUUAAUUCGCAUCUUCUGCAUGUCAUGUCUUUUUCUCGAAACCUAAGACCAAACACACUAAAGUGCCAUUACCCUCUGUCACGAGUUUACUAUUUCCUUUUAUGAGGCUCAUAGAAGCCUUUGUAUUCUCUAGUCGGACUCUUUGGG